GCGAGCGGCGCCAGGCACGGCCCGGCCCGGCGCGAUCCCAGCCGUUGCGUCCGGGAGCUCCGAGCCGGUGCGGAGCCGCCGAAAGACCUCUGUCCCCUUGUGCCGUCCUGUUCCGCUGGGCAGCGCUCCUGGCGCCUGGGGGAAGCGAUCCCGAAACCCUGCGGCUUCUCCCUGCCUGGUGUCCCCGGCCCGGGAGUGAUCCCGCGGAUGAGUGAUCUUAUGCACUUCCUCCAGAACUGUUUCCACUGGUAGAAUUUCAUCGGAUCCCUUAUUUUGACUUGGUAUUUCAAGUCUAUUCAUGAGGAAUUAGCAAAAAUGAAUAAGAGAAUAAGUUAUUUGUUAAAUACUGUUAGAUACCUGCAUAGGUACAGUUCUGUGUUGACUCCCAGAUCUUCAGCCACAACAAGAAAACACAUUUUAUGGAUUAGCAGAUACAGGGAUCCCUUGGGAAAUGUGAACUUCAGGGAGUUAUUUUUAAAUAUUUUUCCUUCUCUGCAUGGAUCAUCACUUCGAUUUCUAUCUCAAAAGACGGAUGUGUUUAGCACAGGUGCAGAGGCUUUGGUGAGUGAGCAGGCUUCCCAGAGCUCCUUGGAAGCUGAAAAGUUGGAUGAUUCUGGGAGCUUCAAAGCGAAGCACGUAGUGGAUCAUGAUGACCCGUUCUUUAAUAGUCUCCGGAAAUGCACCUGUCCUUGCGAUGCGCUGGACUUGGCUUCCGAGUCUGCUGUCUCCAUCAAGCAUUACACAAACUGUUUAACCACUGCAUGGAGACUCUUCAAACACAUGUCGGAGGAGCAGCAGCGCUACGAGAAGCAGCUGAUCUUUGAGCACCCGGCCUUUGCCAAGCUGUGCCAGCAGCUGCUGCGGGACUCCCGCAGGAUGACGCGCGGGGACCUGGUGUUCAGCCUGCACGCCGUGGUGAACCUCGGGGUGCCCCAGAACACGCUCCUGGUCCAGACUUUGCUGAGAGUGUGCCAAGAGAAGCUCAAUCAACUCGAUAACCGAUGUGUCUCCGUUUUGGCAACUACUUUAUCAGGGAUGGAUAAAGACAAGAAUGUUACUAGUGGAGCAGCGCAUUUCAAGUAUCAAAGACAUCUUUAUUCUGCAAAACCUGAUGAAAUGCAUGGGAAAAGAUGUUCCGGUUUUUCUGAAAAAGAAAUUAGAG